AAGUAUUUUAAUUUGGCAAGCUCAUCAAAGAUAAACCAUAAGCGUCUAUUUUGAUUAAUACCAAGACUGAUUAGCGCAUUUAAAGCUAUAUCUGUUAACACACUAAUACAUGGCAAUAAAAUCUUACUAUCUGCUCCAUCACAUGCAAUGAAUAUCCAUCGAUCAUCUUUUGUGCUAUCUAACGCCGAGAACCAAUCAUGGAAACAAAAACUAUUAUCUUUAUUGGUUUCGUCACACUCAACAAUAAAUUCUAUCCAUUCUGUGGCAAGUAAUGUAUUAAUCCGAAUAUUAUGUGGAGCAGCAUUAUUGUUACUAUUAGAACAUAUAAGUGAACCAACAGAAGUAUUUUUUAGUUUAUCGCUUAAAGAUGCUAGCGUUUCUUUAUGAAUAAGAUUAUACAAAUUCAUUUCUGGUAAAUCCAUUUUUAAUUGAGACUGUGAUUUAUGCCUCAAAAUAGUUCAGAUCCUUAUCUUAUUGCUGCCGAUAUAUUGCAAUUUUACGAUUUAAAAAAAAAUUCCAUAGCCCUCCCCACGAAUAUCAGGAAAAGUGAGUUUUGAGUUUUGACUUAAAACUUUACAUAGAACUAGAUCUUAACAAGAAUAGUUUCUUGUGAUUGUUCCUAUCUUAGGAUAUAGCUAUCGUAGAUAGCGUGUCUUCCUGGUGAUGCUGAAAGGCUAACAGCAUUGAUUGAGAAACUACUGUGAAUCCGUAGUAUCUACACAGCAAUAAGCGAAGGGUCCGAACUCUUUUCAAGAUGUUCAAAGUUUAUUUGAAUCUACAUGAUAGACAUAGCGCCGACCUAACAACGAUUUAUCAGCUGGAAAUUUUCUCUAGUACGACAUCAAAUGUAAAUCUAAAAAGGUUGCGUUAUACAGCAGUCGCCAAAAGCCCAAUAAUUCGGUAAAACGUAGCUUAACGCGAAUAAUUUGAGCCUAUAUUUUAGCGACAAGAUGAAUUCUGGGAGUAAGCAGCAAUUAGGACCAGGUUAGCGUUUAAGUGAACUAGCUACAAACUUGACACAGAUUUUUUAUUGCAGGCGAGAAUAUUUCAGCAUUAGCGUGAUAUCUGACAUCAUUAGAUUCUUUAUUGGAGAGCUUAGUGCUAUCUCUAUCAUCAAUCAGAAUUUCGUGGCAAACGACUAUGGUUUGCUUGAUUGAUGGAAUUCGUCAAAAACGAACUUGGAGUUUACUUUGAAAUUUCCUUCAAUGAAUUGUCUGCUCUAAUCAAGUAUUUCCUGAAAAUUCCAUGAAUAUAGCGGUUUGUAAGGAGAUGUAUACAAAGGCUGUGACUGUGCUUCAACGUUACAGUAUAUCGGAAUCUCUUAUCUGUGGCAUAGAAAAGGAAUGCAGAGCUUUAUUUGUUAAUAAAAGCAAUGACAUUAACGCUUCAAAUAAUAGAAAACUAGAGAUGUGUUUAAAAAACCUGUUUUUUUAGAUCUCAGAAAAAACACCAGUGUUGUUAGAAGGGAAGGAAAAAUCAAUGAAAGAAGUCUUAUUCAAAUCUAUCUUGAUUUCUAAAGCUUUUAGAUUCAUCUAUGAAUUAAAAUAUUUCUCCGUUGUAUCAAAGCAUAACUUUUGAAAAAAAAUAAAACUAAAAGAUUCAGCUUCAGACAUUAUAUCUGUUUUUUUUUAUUAUUAAUUUUAGUUCUCUUAGUCCAAUUCGCGAUUGUUUGAGUCUUUUGGAAGCUCAAAUGAAGGAUUUACAUCAUAAUAUAAUUGAAAAUCAUGCUCGACGUUCAAAACGAUGGAAAUAUAAAUUAGGAUUUGAAUGUCUUUCAUGUGAAAGUCGAUGGGAAGUCACACACGAUAUUCGUGAUUUACAAGAAGCAUGUUUAGAUCCAAGUCGUUUCAUUGAAUCAUCAAUUGUUGAACCUAUGGCAGGAUGUUCAUGUCCAAUAAUGAUUGAUUUUAUUGAAAGUGAUGUUCGUCUAUGUUUAAAUGAUAUAUUAAACGAAGUGAUCAUGAAAACAACAGUGACAUAA